AUGGCGAACGGCGUGGGCUCGGCGAAGGCGGAGAUCUGCGCCGGGCUGGGCAUGCCGAUGGCGGAGCUGGAGCAGGUGUUCCGGCGCUACGACGCCAACGGCGACGGCAAGAUCUCGGCGGACGAGCUGGCGUCCGUGCUGCGCGCGCUGGGCGCGCCCCCGGGGCCAGGGGAGGUGCAGAGCAUGAUGGAGGAGAUGGACGCCGACAGGGACGGCUUCGUCGACCUCCACGAGUUCGCCGCCUUUCACUGCGGCCCCUGCAAGGGCAGCGCGGCCGCAGACGCCAAGGAGCAGGAGGCCGCCACGGAGGCCGAGCUCAAGGAGGCCUUCCGGAUGUACGACGCCGACCGCAACGGGCUCAUCUCCGCGCGGGAGCUUCACCGUGUGCUCCGCCAGCUCGGGGAGAAGUGCUCCGUUGCUGACUGCUCGCGCAUGAUACGAUCCGUCGACGCCGACGGCGACGGCAGCGUCAACUUCGAGGAAUUCAAGAAGAUGAUGGCGAAACUAUAG